AUGCCUUCUGGCUACUCCUCCCGCGAUGUCGGCGAUCCUUCUCAGAUCAAGAAGAACAAGCAGUCAAUGGCCGACCUGAAGCUUCGUCGUCUCACAGAAUUGAACAACCGUUUACGAGAAGAUCUGGAACGCGACCGGAUCCCCGUCUCGCAAGCUGCCAAAAGCAUCAUCUCCUACACCAGCAACACGAAAGACUUUAUGGUGCCACACCUUUGGGGUUCUGUCGACAAGAGGGAGGAUCCGUAUGCUCCUCAACAGAGCGGAGGCUGUUGCGUCGUAAUGUAA